CCCCUGGAUGUUGUUAAAAUUCGACUCCAAGCCCAGAACAACCCAUUCCCCAAAGGAAAGUGUUUUGUGUACAGCAACGGACUCAUGGAUCAUAUGUGUGUCUGUGAAGAUGGGAGCAAGAAAGCAUGGUACAAGAAGCCAGGAAAUUUCCAGGGAACACUGGAUGCCUUUGUAAAGAUUCUUCGAAAUGAGGGCAUUAAAUCCCUGUGGAGUGGCCUCCCUCCUACUCUAGUGAUGGCAGUUCCUGCCACAGUUAUUUAUUUUACCUGCUAUGAUCAAUUAAGUGCUUUUUUGAGAGCUAAAUUAGGAGAAAAUGAAACCCGAAUACCAAUAGUUGCUGGAACUGUUGCCAGAUUUGGUGCAGUAACAGUGAUAAGUCCAUUAGAGUUGAUCAGAACUAAGGUACAGUCUAAGAAGUUUUCUUACAAGGAACUACAUCAGUUUGUGAGCAUGAAAGUGUCUGAAGAAGGCUGGAUCUCCCUUUGGAAGGGCUGGGCGCCUACUGUUCUCAGAGAUGUGCCUUUUUCAGCAAUGUACUGGUAUAACUAUGAAAUUUUAAAGAAGUGGUUGUGUGAGAAAUCUGGCUUAUACGAACCGACAUUUAUGAUCAACUUUGCUUCAGGGGCAUUGUCUGGUUCUUUUGCAGCUGUUGCGACUUUGCCAUUUGAUGUAGUGAAAACACAGAAGCAGACACAACUCUGGACAUACAGCAGUGGUAGAGUUCCUGUGCCUUUACAUGUGUCAACCUGGGCUAUAAUGAAGAACAUUGUUUCUGAAAAUGGAUUUUCUGGGUUGUUUACAGGUCUAAUUCCUCGAUUAAUUAAAAUUGCUCCUGCUUGUGCCAUUAUGAUCAGCACAUAUGAAUUUGGAAAGGCUUUUUUCCAGAAACAAAAUGUUAAAAGGCAGUAAUUCUCUUGAUGGACUUUUGACUUAAAAUGUCAACCAGUGCCAAACAAGGUGAAGAUUGAUAGAAAAGAUGGGUUUUUUCAACAUUAUUCUCUUACAGUGUGAAUUUAUCUGUCUUCCCUAUAAUUUAAAUGAAUAAUAAUUUCCAAUCUACCUCUAAACCAUAAUCCUAGUUUUAAUUUUAUGAGAUUUUAAAAACAUUAUCCAGCCGGGUGGUGGUGGCGCACGCCUUUAAUCCCAGCACUCAGGAGGCAGAGGUAGGCGGAUCUCUGAGUUCGAGGCCAGCCUGGUCUACAAGAGCUAGUUCCAAGACAGGCUCCAAAGCUACAGAGAAACCCUGUCUCGAAAAACCAAAAAAACCAAAACAAAACAAAAAAAAAACAUUAUCCAGAAGCUGCAUCUACUUUGUAAUAUUGCAGAGAAAAUUAUUUCUUAGGAGAGAAAGGAGAUUUCUGAGUGCAUAUAGCAUUCCCCUUCUCUAAUGUUUCUGUGGGCAUAUUUUCACUGAUGUAUAACCACGCAAAUUUGGAUCUGCAGUAGAAACCCCUGCUGUACUUAGACUAGUGGAGUAAAUAGUUUAGAGCCCAGGAAUGUGCUCUUUACCUAGCUUGUCUUCCAAGUGUCAUUGUUAUAGAGUUCUUUAGGCCACUUAUACAACUUUUUUCUGAUAAAAUGAACAUACCCUAAUCUAAAAGACCAAAAUAUAAAACAAUCCAAAAGUUUCAAGUCUUUUCUGUGAUAUCCCCAGAUGCUGCUGCUACAAGUGGAAAAGCGUGGCCUUCCUUCGGGUGAUAGCAUACAGAUUGUAGGCACACAGAGAUACCACACAGAUUGCCUUCCGGCUGUUUGUAUAAAUUGUAUGUGAAACGUGAAUAUAUUUAUCACUAAGUAGUAAUGAGGUUCUUAGAAAUUAGGUUCAUUUUUUGUGCGUAUGUCUGUGUAUAUAUGAAGGUCAGAGGAAAACUUUGAUGAGUUAGUUCUCAUCUUCCACCAUGUGGGUCUUGGGAUUUGAACUGGGGUCCCCAUGCUUAGCAGCGACUGCCUUUACCUACUGAGCCAUCUUAAUGGCCCAGGAAUGAGAAUUUUAAGUAUGAUUGGAAUGUAGCUCAGGGGUAGAACACUUGCCUUUGAAAUGUGAAACUCCUGAGUUUGAUCUCCAGCACAGAUGAUAAUUUAAAUAAAUAAAUGAGACAGCAGUGUAAGAAAUGCUGUUCUGUUUGACUUAUUCCAGUGAAGCAAAAAGCACUUUAUACAUUCUGUGUGCGUUCUGUGAACAGGAAGUAUUCCCUCCCUGCCCCAACAGCAUAUUGUAUUUGGUGACAGUGAUCUCUAGUGUUGGUGGGAGAAUAAAUGUAUUGUAGAAAGUGUUUGUAUGUUUCAUCAGAAAUAAAUGAUACAGGGUUUAUUGUAUCGUGGAUUUUAUGUUACAAUCCUGUGUUGAUUUACAUUAAAAUUUUAAUAUAUCCAUA